GCGGUAAAACGCGCAGAUCAGAUCCUUUUUGUGUAUGUGAUGUGUGUUGAUGCACGCAGUGCCUUUUUGUUUUGUGCCCUUUCGCCUAUCUUCUUCUUCUAAACGCCAACUCCGACACCGGAAGUGGAGAAAGGGAAACGAAUCAGAAGGUCUCGCAAUGUGCUACUGACGCAUUUCUUGAAAUAUUCUCUCUUUUUUUCGUUUUUAGACGGAUCAUCUCUCCUCUCUCCAGCAACAAAAACAAAAGCAAAAUGACGGGAAAGCUCGCGAAAUGCAAUCUUUAACCCGGGGUUAUGUAGUGACUGCACACGGUAUUCGCGAUGGAUACAAAGCCGCAGAAUAUUGAGCAGCUUCGCAGCUUGUAGAGUUCGCGGAGUUAAAUGGCGGGAGGUGUGAAAGAGUGUGGGGCGGGUGGACACACAGGCGUUAAGUUUCAUACGUUUUCUGUAAUCUUCUUAUUCCCUUACACCUUAUUCACCUUUUGGGUUGUGAACGAAGCAAGCAAGGAAAACGCCGUGGUUUCUUUACUCAUAGCGGUAGGCUGUCUUAUGUGCGAGACAUCAGCCGGUUUCUGAUUCCUCACUACGCGCAUCGCCGCACAUUCCACCGAGAGCACAAUCAAAGCACCUGCAUUCUGUUUCGAAGCGAAUUCACGUAUUCGAGCCGCGGUGGCGAUUCACUAGAUGCCAUGGAGCGGAAACGCAGUAGAGCGCAAGAGGUAGAGGAGAAGAACGUCGUGAUUCGCGGUGCAGACGGGCGCGCCUACCGCCGUAGUGUCCAGCUAUUCUUUGUCAACGAAAGAGGGCAUUUCCUGAUAUGCUGCCCUGUCGGUGGCCCAAACCGCAAUUACCGUCAAACCGUCCAAGGCGGUAGUAUUGCCGGUGAAACCCCGUUAGAGACCGCAGUGCGCGAAGCCUGGGAGGAACUCGGGCUCGACAUCACUCAGCAAGCCACCUUUAUCACAGAAGUCAUGCCCCCCGCUUCGGCACUAAGUUCCAGCAGCCCGAACUCCAUGCCGUCGGUGCUGGGCGACGCCGUGCUAACAAAUGAGCAGGGGGAACUGAUCAGCGAGGACAAGGUUGCUCUCCGCUACGCGUCCAAGAAGUGGCGGAAGCAGGGCAUUUUCGGGCAGGAGAUGUAUCCCCUGCUGUUCUUUCUUCCGAGUCAUGGGAUUCAAUUUGUCCAGGUGAAAAGUCGCAGCCGUGGUGUUCGCCAAGAGUUUAACGCCGUCUACUGGGGGUCUCUAGUGGAGCUGGCGCAGCGUGCGCCACCAGUGAAGCAGCAGGUUAUGGCUAACGUGUGUCCGAUGGUGGCAGCCUCAGUGCUUCCCUUUCUUACCGCAAACGGCUACUCCCUUGAUGGUGUGACCGACUAUUGCGCGGCUGGCCCUGCAUAG